UUGCUUAUCUACAUGGCUUUGCACUCUGUUUUUUUUUUUUUUUUAUUCAGCUGAUUGACGUAAAUGCCAUCAAGUUGACAGCAGCUACUCACAUACUUUUCAAGUCAAAAAGGGGAAGUAUUUUGUCUAUGUUUGCGAACAUGAGGUUUCUGAACAUGGGGAAAACAUGAAGACUCUGCGUAUUUUGAGCUGAAGUCAAACCCCCAGCCGAGGUUAGUUAGUUUUUUAGCUAACAUCUUUGUUCAGAGUCAGUUACGGAGUUAUGAAAAUACUCACGUUUACUGUUACUGCGAAGGACACAAAAUAGAUAUAGAGUAGGACUGCUAAUAUAGCUCAGCAGAUAUAUGACAAUUUUCAACAAGCAUCAAAUUUUGCACAAUGAAUUUAUAGCGCAAAAAGAUAUAGACAGUGAAGCACCUGCAAAAAUAAAUGUCAACGCUUUCUUUUCGACAACACUGCUCUCACCGAGGAAUGCAGGUGUGACGGUCUCUGUCCACUAUGAUAUAAUUAAACUGCCUGAAGUGAUACCAUAACCAUGCAUAAAAUGGAAUUGAAAGUUGUACAAUUUAUAGCCUAUUGCACCGCCCAUUUCACAGGAUAUAUGUUUGACAAUUGCAUUCGGUCUCCGCUUAGACACAGACACACACAGAAAUGGAUCCUCUUCUCUGCCUCGUUCUCCUCAUCUUCACUAGCCUCCCAGGUAAUAACUGUGUGAGGACAUUAGAAAAGAUAACAGUACAAAGAGGAGGAUCUGUCAUCAUCCCAUGUCUCUAUGAGCAGAAAUAUAAAGACCAUGUGAAAUACUGGUGUAAAGGGUCAAUGUAUACAUUCUGUCGUACCAUGGUACGCAGUGACUCACCACAGAGUAAAGGUGAUGUGUCCAUCGCCGAUGACCCCGACCAGCUGGUCUUCACUGUGACCAUGAGGAACCUACAGGAGAAGGACUCUGACACUUACUGGUGUGUUGUGGAGAUUGGUGGAACUGGCACUAUAGAUGACAGGACAUCUCUGGAAUUAAAGGUAAUUACAGGUGUUCAGAGUGUGUGGGCUGAGAGUUCGUUCACAGCAGAGAGAGGAGGAUCAGUCACCAUCCCAUGUCACUAUGACCAGAAAUACAAACACCAUGUGAAAUACUGGUGUAAAGGGUAUCACUGGUCAACCUGUACUAUUAUGGUACGCAGUGACUCACGACAGAGUAAAGGUGACGUGUCCAUCAAUGAUGACCCCGAUCAGCUGGUCUUCACUGUGACCAUGAGGAACCUACAGGACAAGGACUCUGGCACUUACUGGUGUGCUGUGGAGAUUAAUGGGGGAUCAGAUGAUGCUGUGAUUCUGCCUUUGAUAGUUAGAACAGUAGCUACAGUCUCAUUCCAACCUACAACUGAAAGUGUGACUUCAUCUGAUCAACAAAGAACAGAGUGGACUGGAACUGCUUAUUAUGAGAGAAGAUUGAUAGAUACUGCGUCUCCAACUCAUGUCUUGACGCUCAAUAUAACUAAUGAGAAAAACAAACCCCAGAGUUCCUCCACACUGCUGGUCUCUCUCGUCACACUGGGAGUUCUUCUGAUUUUGUUGACUGUUGUCAUGGUUACCUGCAUUCUGCAGAACAGACAAAAGGAAAGAGAGACCAGGAAAAGAGGGAUAGACGUCAGCUUUACUGCCACUUUGCCCACCGAUCAUGAAGAAGAAGUCAGUUACAGCACUGUGGUUCACAAGAAACUAAUGGAAGAGAAGAAAAUAAAUAAGAGCUCCACACAUAGAGCUGAUGAGCUCAUCUACAGUUCCGUCAUAAAGAAGAAACAGAGCUCAGAGGACCCCGAUGGAGGAAAGAAUGAGGAUGGAAAUUGGUGCUCCUACUAUAUUGGUUGAGCUGAUAUUUAGACAACUCUUUUGUUAAAACGCUCUUAUACAAAACCAAGGCACUUCUACACUCAGCAGAAGCACUGAAAAGUACCUGUAAAUGUGGUAUUAAAAUAUGGUACAGCCUCUUCAUGCCCCGUUUCUCUGAAUUUUAAAUACUGC